UUAUUUUCAGAUAUGGCAAAUAUAGAACAGAGUGAAGACAUUUCCCAUUUCUUUUUCAUUAACUCUACGGUAGGACCGACAUGUGUUCUGUUUAUGUGCAUUGUUGUAAUGAUUGUGUUCACCACUACGGAACCAUUAGCAAUACCCCGCCCCGUGGUAUGGGGAACGGAAGCCAUCAUAACUCUCCUAAGCAUGAUCUUUACCUUCGUCAUCUGGUUUUUAGUCAAACGCAACACACGAAAGUUUUUGAUUGCAAAACAACAACAGGACGUCACAUUAAACAUUAAACUCGUUUUCCUAUGGGCGUUUGGGUUUGCAAGUAUCCCCAAUUUCGCUCUAAAUAUGGGUGCAAAUAUUGACUGCUUCCUCAAAGAUGGAAGUCAACCGUAUAUGAUUGCAUACGACUUAAAUAUCGUUACACAUUUAAUAGAGAUAUGUUUCUGUAUUGGACAACUAGGAUUCUUAAGCUUGUAUGGACAAUUUUAUUUCAGACCCUCGUCUUUAAUUAAUUACGGUAUCUCUCUCAUGAUCAUUGCUCAUCUCCUUCGAUGGUUUAGGAUUUUUUUUUACUCUGUUAUGUAUGCCAGGAUUUGGAAACCAUCGAAUGUAACUCGACUGGACGAUUGCUUUCGUUCAUCUAACAUUAACACCAUUCGUUAUGAUUUGAAAUCAUACAUUAAUCCAUUGAUUAUCGAAUAUAGCUUGCUUUCUGUUGCCAUUGCUGUCAGAAUGCUUGUAAAUAUUUUCCGUAACAAUUCUGUUCAAGCAUCUAUACCUAUCGACCCUCAUGAAACGGAAAACCAAACAACACCAAACGAGUUAUCAAACUCAUCUGAACAUCUGACAAGGUGCAUCUCUAAAAUCAUUUUCAUAUCGGUUGGAACAGUUCUUUCACUGCCCUAUUUGAUGACAUUAACUUUCGCCUUUUUAAAAACAGCAAACUUGUCAAAGGUAUUUUGUAUAAUCAGUACCAUAUUUGAAAUAGAAUUUUUUAAAAUAGCUGUUACUGUGAUACAGACCGGGUUUAUUCUUCAGGUGAAAAAUAUUUCUUAUAAACCCCGACAGGUGCGAGUUAAAUAUGUCAGAACUUUUGACAGCAAUAGAAAUGUAUGA